CCUGCUCUGUGAUUGUUUUGUUUUCUCAUAACCAUUCGUUAACUGUAAUUUUUCAAUAAAAUAUUUUUAUGUUUUCAAUAUUUAAUUAAACGAUAUUAUAGUAAGUAAGUGUACAGUUAAAGUUGCAAUGUUAAAUAUACAAAAUUAUGGCAGCAGUUCAGAGGAAGAAGGUGAAAAUGACUCUGAAUCUGUGGCCAAACACAGCAAUGAGGGUUUGUUGACUCAUCUCAAAGCAGUUGAUCCGAGCCUCUCUGUUGCUAGAACGAUGCAAAUUUGUGCUGCACCAAUAGUUAUGCCUACCAACAGUGACGACACAAGAGUACUCAUACCAAACAACCAAGAAUUAAUGCACAAUCCAAAAUAUGAGGAAUUAUUCGCACCCGAAUAUGGUCCUGAGAACCCAUUUCAAACACAACAAAUGAAAGCAAACAGAAAUAUACUCUCUGGCUAUGUAGAAAAAGCUCAUAUUAGUGACUUUCAAUUUGAGAAUCAGAGGCGGACAUUUACAAGUUAUGGUUUUGCUGUAGAUCCAUCUACAGAUGUUGAUAGUAGUACAGCCGAUAGUAUAGUCAAAUCAGCAAUGAUAGCAGCACCUGAAGAAGCUGAAGGUAAAACGGUAUUUGAGACUAUAAAAAAAAGACCCUUAGAUAAGAAAAAAAGAAAUAAAAAUGAUAAUCCAGAAGAUGUAGAGGGCUUUUUAGGGCCAUGGGGUGGAUACGUCGGUGAAAAGAGAGUAAUGAAACCAGAAGGAGACGAGGCUAAGCAGUUAGAAGAAAUAUUGGCAAAGAGACAGAAGAGAGGCAAAGUGGAGGAUGAUAAACCACUAGAAGAAAAAUCAAUAUUCCAUUUGGAAAAAGAUACAGACUACCAGGGCCGGUCGUGGAUAGAGGCGCCGCGUAGUGAAACACAGUUGCGAAGUGACACACCGCCUGACAAGUGCUUCCUGCCUAAGGCUCAUAUCCACACAUGGAAGGGUCACACAAAAGGCAUUGCGGCUGUGAGAUGGUUCCCCGGCACGGCGCACCUCAUGCUCUCGGCCGGCAUGGACUGCAGGGUGAAGAUAUGGGAAGUAUACGGUUCGAGAGCUUGCGUUCGGACGUACUUCGGCCACCGUCAAGCCGUUAGGGACGUCAAUUUCAACAACACCGGGACGCACUUCCUCUCCGCUGCGUACGACCGGUACAUCAAGGUGUGGGAUACGGAGACGGGCGCGUGCGUGGGCCGGUUCACGUCUCGUAAGGUGCCUUACUGCGCGAAGUUCCACCCGGACGACGACAAGCAGCAUCUCUUCGUCGCCGGCACCUCCGACAAGAAGAUCAUAUGCUGGGAUACAAGAACUGGCGAGAUAGUUCAGGAGUACGACCGGCAUCUGGGUGCUGUUAACACGAUCACCUUCGUGGAUGACAACAGGAGAUUCGUCACCACCUCCGAUGACAAGAGUCUCAGGGUCUGGGAGUGGGACAUACCCGUGGACAUGAAGUACAUAGCGGACCCGUCGAUGCACUCUCUGCCGGCCGUGACCGUCUCACCGAACGGCAAGUGGCUCGCGUGCCAGUCCAUGGACAACAAGGUGAUCGUGUUCAGCGCGCUCAACAGGUUCAAGAUGAACAGGAAGAAGACCUUCACCGGGCACAUGGUGGCCGGCUACGCCUGCUCCGUCGACUACUCCCCAGAUAUGAGUUAUCUAGUAUCCGGGGAUGCAGACGGAAAAUGCUAUAUAUGGGAUUGGAAAACGACGAAACUGUACAAAAAAUGGAAAGCCCACGAUGGAGUAUGCAUAUCAGCGCUGUGGCACCCGCACGAACCCAGCAAACUGCUGACAGCGAGCUGGGACGGUGUCAUCAAGUACUGGGACUAA